CCGCCAUCUUGAAAGCGUAAUUGUUGUCAUGUUUACGUUGUGUGUGAAAGGUGAAAUUUGUGAUAUUUGAUAUAAAAAUCCGAACAAAGUUGAUGUAACUACAAGCCGCAGACAGUAAACCAUCACUAUGUUUUACGCACAUUUCGUGCUGGCCAAGAAGGGCCCCUUGGCCAAGAUUUGGCUGGCGGCUCAUUGGGACAAGAAGCUAACGAAGGCCCAUGUAUUUGAGACCAAUAUUGAGAAAUCAGUAGAUGGUAUCUUGAAGCCCAAAGUGAAGAUGGCUUUGCGUACUUCUGGCCAUCUGUUGCUGGGUGUCGUGAGGAUUUACUCCAGGAAAGCCAAAUACUUGCUUCAGGAUUGUAAUGAAGCCUUUGUUAAGAUUAAGAUGGCCUUUAGGCCUGGUAUGGUGGACUUGCCUGAGGAGCACCGUGAAGCUGCCAUGAAUGCCAUCACCUUACCUGAGGUCUUCCAUGACUUUGACACCGCUAUGCCUGAAUUGAAUGAAGUGGACAUUGAAGCCCAGUUCUCAUUGAACCAGUCAAGAGCUGAAGAGAUCACAAUGCGCGAGGAUUAUGGGUCAUUGAACCUAGUGACACAUGACGAUGGAUUCGGUGACAUGGGGUUCGAUACUGAUAAUCCUGAUAUCAUGCGAGAAGCUAUUGGCAAUGAAGGGGGAUUGGAACAGAGUAACCUACUGUUCGCGGAUGGGUCCUCCCUGGAACUGGCUGGCAAAGACGGCGGAGUAGGCAGUCUGACUGGUGGAGUUCCGGCACUAGCGCCGGAGCACCCACGGCGCAUGGAGGCAGCACCUCACGCACCCAUGGAUGACGGCUUCGGUGGAACCAUUGGCGAUGUUGCGGAUUUUGGACAUGCGGGCGGUCUGUUCGAGGGUGACCUGUUCGGCGAAGUUACUGGCAGCAGUAGUUCCGCGGCGGCUGCCUCCGGUAUGCCUGGCACUUCAGCGCAGCCUCAGUCUCUCCAGGCUGAGAUUGACGCGGCGGGAGUGAACGCCGGUGAGACUGGAGGCGACGUGGCGGCCGCGGACGCGCCGGACUCGGACGAUGAUAUGGGAGACCAUUACGAUGCUGGCAACUCUCCACAACACAGUUGGGGCGGGUCCCCCGCUCGCCCUGAGAGCGUGGUGCCGCCAGCGGCGCCUGUGCCGCCUUCUCCCAGCCCACAUGUACCUAUGGACGUGGACACAGUCCCGGAGCCAGUCCCCCGGCCAGCGAGCGCGGAGCCCGCGGCGGACGGAGCGGCCGAGCGACUGGCAGACAACACUACACUCCUGCACAAUGAUGAGGAAUCAUUCGCACUGGCUCCUGUCGACGCUACUGUCCUUAAAGGAAUAACAAAAACAAAACGUAAACGCAAGCUGAUUGUGGACGAAGUAAAGAACAUAUCUGGUGAGGAGAUGAAGAACCAGCUAAGUAACACGUCUGAUAUCGUCACCACGUUGGACCUGGCGCCCCCUACCAGACGACUGAUGCACUGGAAAGAAACUGGUGGUGUGGAGAAACUGUUCACAUUGCCUGCUAGGCCUAUACCUUCAAGUGUACUGUUUAAGAAAUACCAGCGCAACAUGACGCUUCGUAGCGAGGCGGAGGAAGCCGACGCGGCGGCGGCGGCCGCUCGCUCGCCCGACCCGGCCGAGCCGGCGCGCCGGGGCGGCCGCAAGAGGAGACACGAGGAGACAAUGCUUCCACCUGAGACACCAGCACCAGCCCCGACUCAAGAAUUGGAACCUCCCACUCCGGUACCUCAGGAAUAUGAACCUUCAGUUGAGCCUGAACCUGCGCCGGAACCGACCGUCGAACCUCAAACUCCUCGAUCAGACGUCGAUGUCGACCUUCCUCAGACACCAGGAGGUAUGCUGAGUGCACUGGGCGGCGGUAUGACUCCGGGCGCGCUGGGCGGACUAACGCCGGGCACUCUGCUACAGGGUGGACUCACUCCCGCCGGGCUACAGCACGGAGGAAUGACGCCGGGUGGUUUACAACACGGUGGCAUGACCCCAGCUGGUCUGCAUCACGGCGACAGUCAACAUGUAGACCUCGGACUGUCUGCGGGCGGGAUGACGCCGGCAGGAUUACACCACGGAGGUAUGACCCCGGGUCUGCUAGAGAGUGGUAUGACGCCGGCGGGAUUAGUCCAUGGAGGCCUUACUCCCGCUGGUCUGCAUCACGGAGGCAUGACGCCAGGUAAUGACUACACUUCAUAUUACAGCGGAGGUCUAGACCACGGUGGUAUGACGCCGGCCGGGCUACAACACGGCGGUAUGACCCCCGCGGGGCUACAACACAGUGGCAUGACCCCCGCCGGACUACAACAUGGCGGCAUGACCCCAGCCGGGUUACAACACGGUGGAAUGACGCCAGGAGGAGUACAACACGGCGCAAUUCUCCAGCAUGGCCUGGAGCAGCUGCCGAUGAUGCCGCAGUUAGGCGGGGACCAAGUGUCGUCGUUGUUACGUACCUCUCUGCCUACCCCGGCCGCAGACAGAGCGUCCCACGACCUCCCACACACUGUACCUAUGGAACCCCUGCUACAUGGGCUCGACGACCAUGGGGACUACCAGAAUGGCAUGCAAAUGACAAACUUGGGUUACGACGACCAACAUGGCCACAACAGUCCACAACACGAUUACGAUUUACCUUUAACGCCAGACAACGCGGAAGAGGGUGAACGUGAAGCAGGUGAGACGGACGAGCAGUUCGAGGAACGAGUACUGAACCGACGUGCAGCGCAACUCUUCGCCGUCAUGAAACCCAAACUAUCCGUCGGACUACAACUUUCCUUCACAGAUCUUGCACCAAGACACAAUAAUAGAAAACAGGUUGCACAGAAAUUUUACAGUUUACUUGUACUCAAAAAACAUCAAGUGUUGAAAUUAGACCAACAUGAAACAUAUGGACCUAUUACCAUAUGCAAGGGUAAUCAGUUUGAAACUGAAGCGAUUUAAUAUUGUACUAACACACUAUUUAUAAUAGAAUGUAAUAUAAAGAAGAUAUCAAGACUAGUUCAUAAAAAGAUUUUUAUGGAGGUGAAGAGAUGAUGUUUAGUUGUAAAGUUAUGGACUUCACGGGAAACGCGUUGAGCCAAAAAUAAUGUGUAAGUUUGAUCUUGUAACUCGAAUUCAUGACAGCAUUUUAUUCUUUAAAUAUUGGACCAAAUAAUAUUACGAGUGUUGAUCUCACAAAAAAUCUAAUUGAAAUGAGUUUUGAUUAUGUGAAACAGUAGUUGUUAUCGUGAAUUCGAUUUACUCGUGAUGAGCAGUUUCUAUUUGGAUAAUUAUGUUUGAUAGAAAAGUGUAGGAAAAUGCCUUAUUUUGUUUUGCUGUAGGCUAAGUGAAAUUAUUGUGAAGAUGUUUUACAAACAUUGUUUAAAUAGUCAAUCAUAGAAAGAAAUAGUACCUAUUUGCUGUAUUGUUGAUUCCUGUUUCCUAAAUCAUGUAUGUAUGCAUGUUUAUUGAUGCCACAACUACAAAGAUUAUGUUAUGCCUAUGACAUUUAUUUAAAUUGUACCUCUCAAGGAAGUGUAGACAUUAAAUUUUGUUUUUAUAAAAUAUAGCUUGUUGUCCUUCUAUUGGGAUUAAGAGAUUUUAGUGACUGUGUGUUUAUAUACCAGAUGAUGUGAAAUAUUUAGUGGCAGACUGGAGUGAUUGAGAGAUAAAUUAUCUAGGAAAAUAAUACAAGUGAUAUCCUCAACACCAAAUAAAGUUUAUAACUGUUUCCUCUUUGUGUGUUAGAAUGAAUUUGGUUUUUACAUUUCUUUGAGAUAUUUGUCAUAAUUAUUGUGUUAUUGUAAAACAAAUUGAAUGCACACCAAAUACCUGAUUUAUUAUGGUUUGAAUUCAUUUUGUUGCUUUGAUAUUUUUUGUAAAAUUUCUCGAUGUAAUGCAUUAUGAAUGCCUCAAAAAGUAUAGUGACUAUUAUCAUGUACCUAUUAUUAUUUUUAUUUGGACAUUACUUCUUAACAUUUAAGUGUUUACCUCUGCUAAGUACGAAAUUAGUACAUUUAUUUUCCCUUUAUGUUCGGAGGUAUUCACUUAGAUAUUUUUCAUAAAAAAUAAACACAUUUGCAAUAAAUUUGUUGAUAAAAAAGAAAGGAAUUUUUAUUUCAUGGCGAAUUUAUACUUUCGGUAUCCAAAACGGAGUGGGUUGAAGUAAAAAAUUAACAAUUGUUUAGAAUUCGGACUUCCUUAUUUAUUUAAACGUACACGAAAUGCUGUUUUAGAUUGUUUUACUGGCUCGGGGCCUGAAGGGUGGAUAACGUUAGUAGAACAAACGUAGUUACGAAGUAGAUAUUUGCAUCAAAAAAUAUAUCGGAGUAACGACACAAGUAUCCUGUUCACCAGAGGUUUCCCAACUUUCAACAAUCUAAACAAUAAAUAAAUAUUUGUUAUCACUAGUUUCAUAACCAUUCGCUUUUUAAUACCCGAAUACGUGGGUAGAAGCGCUCACAUUAUACCUACAUGAUUAAAAAGCCAAUCAAAAAACUAAAUAGGUGCAAUUAAUGAGGUUAGGGGCUGCUAUUUCACAUCGUAACGUCCGAUUGGUUCGUCAAUUGAUGAUUUUAUUGAUGUAAAUAGAACCAUGGUAGGACAACACACAGAACAAUGUAACGUGUAUGUUACGUAUUUAUGACGUCAAGGAAGCUGCAGUUUCCUGUGGUAGGUAUAUAGUCAUUUGCUCCCAAAUAUUGAAAGCCUAUAAGGUAGGUACGUAUGUAGCAUAAAGAUCAAAUUGUGUCCAGUAUUGAUCGGCAUGACUGGUUUGUUAUGUAACGGGCUUGUUGCAAUGUACCCAGAAUGGUUACAUAUAGGAACUAAACUUUCAUUGAUUCACACGUGGGUAUCUGUAGAACAAAACAUAACUGGUAAUUUAUAUGCCUGUGGUUAUCCUACGAUGUGUUGUAACUACUUAUAAUAAUAUAGUAACGGCGACGACCGAUCGAUUGACCUCAAGUCUAGAUAGAGGUACGUUACUAGGUUUCUAUAACUUCCUAGCCUGUAAGCAACUGCUCGUAUGGUAUCGACUUUCGCAAGAUGCAUACUGCGCAUGUGACUGCAAAACUUAGGGCAGCUGUUCUUUUCUGUACAAUUAGGUUCAUUUUACUUAAAAAAAAUCCUGUUCAAUUUAUAUUAGCAACGAGCAUAUCCUGUAAAUAGACAAAUUGUAGAUUAUACCACUUCCUUAGGGGUGGGUGGUACAUAGUUACAAAAAUCCAUACAUAGGAUUAUUUAGCUUUUAAAAAUGUUGACUUGGAAGCUCCUCAGAAUUCUUAUUGGAUUUGAUUAAAAUUCUUAAGAGCUGUAAAGAGAUUAGGGUGAUUACGACUAACUACAAUAAACGCUCUUGUUGGUUUUGUAUCAUUUAAUCGCCCUACAAAUGUACAUACAGAUGCCGACAUUCUUGAACAGGAUAAACUCACAAUACAAAAAUCGAUGACAAUAUUCACGCAAAUAUACGCAGUCACUGGCAAAACUAUAAUAUUGUCGCCGAACUUUGAUAUGAGGCUAAAAGUUUAACAUGAUUCAGAACAAUACUCAAAAAAAAAAAGUUUA